UUAGAGGGAAUACUAAUUCAUGAGAUACAAGAUUGCAAGUCUCCUAGAAUCAAAUCAAUCUACCACAUCGGGUUUUCUCUCUAGGGCUACGACUUUGUCGGCCGCUGGAGCUUUUUUCCGAUUUUGACUUUGUCGAAGAUCGGCUUUGCUUCCCUUGUGUCGCUGGUGCUCGGUUGGAGUCCACGUCAGGCGCGGAGGGCGGAGAUAAGUGGAGGAGGGCGGAUUUGGUGUUAUGGCUCAAGGAGAUCGGUGUUGCGGUCAUGGUUCGAGGAUGCGACGUUGCUGUCGGCGUUGGAGGAGAUCGGCGCCGCUUAUCAUUUUACUCUGGUCGCACGGAGUAGGGAUGAGUUUGGUUUUGCAGGGACGGAGGAUUGAUGCAUGGUCUUUGGCAGCCAAAGGUCAUGGAGGAUCAUUUAGCAUGGUACCGGUGCUUCGACCUCCUCCUGAACCACCACCAUGGGAUGUACGAGGUGUUAGAGUUCGUGAACGUUUUCCUAGUAAUUUUUAUCUGUUUGUCAUUUGUUUUCUUGUGUCCAUUUUUGCUUUUGGUUUUGACUGUUUGUUUGAGUUUUUUGCCUCUGUUUAUGUCAUUGGGUAUGGUUGGAUCUAUGAGAACAGGUUUGGCUGUGUCAAGCCCACUACAUCGUUAGCGAUUCAUGUUGCUCUUUCAGGGGUGACCAUCUCAAAGUCUCACCAUAGGGUUACAGUCAUACUUGUUGGAGUUUCAGUUGAUGUCAGUUUUAUUUUCCUUUUGUUUGAUGUAAUGAUCCUGAAUCUUUUGAUAUGAAUAGAGGCCUAUUUUUUAUGAUUUAAAAAAAAAGAUUGCAAGUCUCCUUGUUCGUAAAAUCCAGCCUUGCCAGUCAAACUCAAAGAAGCUUCUCAUGACUCAUAUAGUCAUAUGUAUGGGUUUAAAAAGAAACUUGGUUUUGAAAUAUAAAUCAAAGGCGUUGGCUUCGACUAGUAAAAGGAAUUCACUACCAGAUUUGUACUUUUAUUUUCUUCCAGAUUGUGCAUAAUGGAAGUAUCGUUUGGAAUUUGCUUCAUUUGGGUGGAAUUUUUGUUAGUGACGAACCAAUUAGAUAUGCGGGUAAGGUACAAUGUCUGACAAAGAGAUGGGAGGAGGACCCAGAUUUGUUUUGUGAGUUUGAUAUAUUAAAUUUUCUUCAAGAAAAUGGUUUUAAGGAACCUGUUAUGAUGGCUUAUAAAGCAGUCCAUCAAACACUGCCUAUUGCCGGUAACUUGCUAAAGGGCUCUAACGAAUUUGUGAAGAUGAUAAAGAUAGCGUGUUAUUGAAACUUAAUCUUUUGGAGUCAUACAAUGCCUUAGUCAUUUUGUAUGUUUUAAUUCAGUACCCCCUACGAUGAAAAAAAAUCUUUCCAGUUUGACUUGGACACAUUUAUUAAGAAAAUGAGAAUGAUAAAUGUGAUUUUUUUUAGACAGG